AUGGUUCUCCUGUGGAUGAUCCUGCUGGAGGUUCUGCUCUGUGCAGAGGCCGAGAACGUGACCGAGGUCAGAGGGCAGCUGGGGGCAGAGGUCAAUUUAAACUGCUCUGAUCAGAGUUCAGACACACACUGGUACAUAGAGAUCUACAGUCAGCUCAGAGCAGCUAUCGGUCGCAGUUUGUCUUCAGUCCCUUCCUACUACUCUCCUGAUUUUGAGACCAAGUUUUCAAUCCUGGGAAACAGCCUGAUGAUUAAGAACCUGACAGCAGAGGACUGCAGGCUUUACUACUGUGGCAUCAAGAGAGACGGCAGCAUUCAGUUUGUGGGAACUUUCCGCCUCGUCUCAGAUGUCCCUCCACCCGCUGACCCUAGUAGAGGAGUGCUGCAGAGCGAUCCUGCGGUCUUCACCUCUCUGAGCCUGAACGCUGUGCUUGUGUUAGUGGUGAUCUGUCUGAGUUGUGUAUCAGUGUCUCUGAAGAGGAGAAUCAGCAGGUAUCAGGCAAACCUCCCUCCAGCUGGGACCAGCCUGGAGGCUCCACAGUACGAGGAGAUCCAGCUCCCCCCUCCACCUGCUGCUCUUGCUACAGAGAGUGUUUACUGCAAAGUUCAGCUUCUUCGCUCCACCCUGCAUCAAUGCUGA